CCUUUGUCAUUGAGUUUGACUUGCUUAAAAUCGUGGGAAGACUUUUGACCCAGCACAUGUGAAAUCGAUGUGACGUACUUGCCGAAUCUCUCUCUGUGUGUGCGGGUCUGUCUUUUUGCUCUUUUCUUUUUACUCCUCUCUAUACAUUCUUAUUAAUUACAUCAUGUCCAACCCUUUGAGAAUCUUCGUCCCCGUCAAGCGUGUCAUUGACUUUGCUGUCAAGGUUCGCGUAAACGCGGGCAAAACCGAUGUCGAUCGUAACGUGAAGCACAGCAUGAACCCAUUCGACGAAAUUGCUGUUGAGGAGGCUAUCCGUAUCAAGGAAAAGGCACCCAAGACUGAGGUUGUUGCUAUUUCGUGCGGUUCUGCCAAGGCACAGGAAACUUUGCGCACUGCUCUGGCCAUGGGUGCUGACCGUGCUGUGCACGUCGAAGUAAAGGACGAUAGCACCUUGCAGCCGCUGGCGGUCGCCAAGUUGCUCGAGGCUUAUACUAACAAGGAGGAAAAGAAGCCCGAUCUGUUCAUUCUCGGUAAGCAGGCAAUUGACGACGACAGCAACCAGACUGGUCAAAUGUUGGCUGGUUUAUUGAACUGGCCUCAGACCACCUUCGCAUCCAAGGUCGAAUUCGAGGGCCAAUCCUUGAAGGUCACUCGUGAAAUUGAUGGCGGUCUGGAAACCGUCAAGACCAAGAUGCCCGCUAUUAUCACCACCGAUUUGCGUUUGAACGAACCCCGUUAUGCUUCGUUGCCCAACAUCAUGAAGGCCAAGAAGAAGCCCCUUGUCAAAAUCACUCCCGAAGACUUGGGUGUGGAUAUCUCGCCUCGUAUCCAGACUUUGAAGGUAGAGGAGCCACCCAAGCGCGAAGGUGGUCGCAAGGUUGGAAGUGUGGAUGAGUUGCUCGAUAAGCUCAAGAACGAGGCCAAGGUUUUGUAAAUGUGAAAUAUAUAUUAAAUAUGCAGUAUAAAAAAGUCUAUUAGAUGUUCCCUCUCCCUUUCUCUCUCUUUCUCUCUUACUCUUUUCCCCACUCGUCUUUUGUUGUUACCGUCUUUACUUAAACAGAGCUUUCAAUACCUUGAUUUCAAAUUUUAAUUCUUUUUUUGGGACC